AUGGCAGGACAGCUGCUGUCUCCCCGAGAGCUGCCGGCCUUCUCCUUGAAUCUACCCCCACAGCAAGAGGAGCCCAACAUCAUUUUGAGAGGGGCUGCUGAGCAUCAGAAGGGAGCCAGGCCAGCAACAGGGUUGGGCUGGGGAAGGAUUCCCACGCCCAGGACACGUCUCCAGGCUGCCCCACAGCUGCAGGCAGAGUCCUCAGGCCUGGGCUUGCUGCAUGAGAGGAGGCCGGGGCAUGGCACUGCCCAGCUCUGUGAGGAUGCAUCAGGCUGCCAGGCAGCUCUGGUCAGCGCCCAGGCCCGUGUGGCAGAGCUGGAGAGCCAGGUCCAGAUGCUGGAGGUGGAGCGGACGCAGCAGAGGCUGUUGCUGGAGAGUCUCCAGCAGCAGCACCAGAAGAACCUGGAUCUUCUCGAGAGCCCCUACAGGCGGCAAAUGAAGGUGUUGGAGGAGAGCCACGGGCGGCAGGAGGAGAGGCUGCGGCAGGAGCUGGAGCAGCUGAGGGCUCAGCUGCUGUCGCAGAGCCAGGACGCGGAGCAGGCGCAGGCAGAGCUGCGGGCACAGCACCAGCAGCAGCUGGCAGCACUGGAGCAGCAGCACACGCUGGAGGUGAAGCGGCUGCAAGAGCUGCAGAGGACGUCCAUCCAGGAGCUGCGCCAGGACUACGACGAGCAGCUGCGGCGGCUGCAGCGGCUGAGGGAUCAGGAGGUGGAUGCGGUGACCAGCGCCACGUCACACACCAGGUCUCUGAACGGCGUCAUCGAGCGGAUGGAGAAGUUCUCCAGUGAUCUGCACGAGCUCUGGCACAAGGUGGAGGCCAAGCACCACAGCACCUCCCAGGAGCUGGCCACGUGGGCACAGCAGCUCAGGAUGCUCCAAGACAGGAUGUUGCAGCAGCAGAAGGACAUGGAGGAGGAACAGAGACGACACCAGGACGUGAUUGCUAAAGUGGAGGCCAGGCUGAGCGAGCAGUCUCAGCAGCUGGAGCAGGAGUGCUGCAGGGCGCUGGCGGAGCAGUGCCAAGUGGGAUCUCUGCAGCGCUCGCUGGAGGAGCGGCAGCAAGUCCUGAGCCAGCAGCUCUCCAAGGAGCGAGCAGAGCUGGAGAGGGCCAAGAGCACUUUUCUGGCGGAGCAGCAGUUGGUGGUGCAGAAGUGCUCAGAGGAGUACCAGAAGCUGGCGACUGAGUGGGCUGAGCUUCGUGCCCAGCAGCAGCAGAGCAGGGUGAGGAUGGAACUGGACAGGCACAUGGGCUCCCAGGGAGAGGGCACCGUCAGCAGCCUGGCCAAAGAGCUGGCAGAGCUGAAAGCCAAGGAGGAGCAGCUGGAGAAGGCCAGAGAGCUGCAGGAUAAGGCCUGGCAGAAGCUGAGGCUGGAGAAGGAGAGGGUGAAGGUGGCUGCGCAGCACAUCUGGCAGCAGGAGUAGAAGGUGCAGAGCAGGGCCAAGCUCUCAUCCCAGAAGGACAAGAGGGGGCAGCGAGUGCUGCAGAAGGCUUGCAGGGGGGAGUGUGAGCACCCAAGGAGGCUGCAGGCCAUGCAGCAGCGCUUGAAGCAGCUGAGGCAGCAGGAACAGCACCUGCAGGAGGAGUGGCUGAGCACGGCUCUGAAGAGGAGACAGCUAGAAGAGCAAUGUGAGGAGCUGCCCAACAACUCCAUGAUGCUGCUGACUGCAGACCAGGACCUCGGUGCCCCUGUGAACGGCCUCUCCAGCACACUGUUUCCCCUGACGACAGCGGCACCACAGAGCUGGGGUCUUGUUGCAGAGCCUCCAGCUCCUGUCAGGGUGCUCCCUCAGCACAGCCCUGGGGCUGGCAGGGACACCCUGGCCACAGCCAGCGGCACCGAGCUCAUUGACGCCACGCUGCUGCUGCUGAAGUUCAGGGCCCAGCAGGACCAUGGUUUCUUAGAGAAUGAGGAGUUCUACCUGGAGAGUCUGACAAAAUCAUCCUAUCACACAUCAGCUCGGUCACGAGGAUGGUGGUCAGCACAUCUCACACCAGCAAAACUGCAGCCACGUCUCCACCAAUUGGUGACAAAGAAACCCAAGCUUUCUUAGGCAUUGUGGGCUUUUGGAGGCUGCACAUUCCCAACUGCUGUAAAUCCUCUCUGUCGAGUCACCUGGAAGAAAAACGAUGUCAA